AUGGUAAACUUAUUGAAGCUCAAAGGUAAUGCUCUGUUCAGAGCAUCCACCGCAAUGGCUGGUGUUGGUUUCUUGCUCUUCGGUUACGAUCAGGGCGUCAUGUCCGGUGUCGUAGCAAACGAUAACUUUAAAUACUACAUGGGUAUGGAGACUGAGGAAGACUACAAUUCUGCCUUGAUGGGAGCUAUUGUCGCCCUAUACGAAAUUGGUUGUAUGGCUGGUGCCUUGUCGACUGGUAAGGUCGGUGAUUGGCUUGGUCGUCGUAAAACGAUCCGUCUUGGUUGCUUUAUUCUCUGCGUUGGUGCUGUUAUUCAAACUGCCUCUGUCAAUGUUGGCAUGAUGAUUUUCGCUCGUAUUUUCACUGGUGUCGGCAACGGUCUGAACACUGCUACCAUCCCUGUAUACCAAGCCGAACUUUCGCCACCCAAGAACCGUGGUGCUCACGUCGCUUUCGAAGCAUCUUUGCUUGCUUUCGGUGUCGGUAUUGCCUACUGGCUCGAAUUUGGUCUUUACUUUGUCCAUGGUGAAUUCCCAUGGAGAUUCCCGUUGGCUUUCCAGAUGGUCUUUGGUAUCAUCCUCGGUGUCGGUACUUACUUCUUGCCCGAAUCCCCACGUUGGUUGCAGAGCCACGGUCAUGAGGACGAAUGUAAGCUUGUCUUGGCUCGCCUCUGGACCGAUGAGGAUACCACCCAUCCUCGCUGUGUCUCCUUGUGGGAGGAAAUCCGCGACGGUAUCGAGCUUGAACGCCGUGAAGGUAUCAGAUCUUACAAGGAACUCUUCAGCAAGGGUAGAAUGAACAACCGCUACCGUGUAUUCCUCGGUAUGGGUGGUCAAUUCAUGCAACAGUUUGGUGGUAUCAACGUCAUCUCGUACUAUCUCACGGAUAUUUUCUUGCAAGCCGGUAUGAAUCACGCUAUGGCCAUGUUGAUGGCCGGUGUUGAUUCCAUCUUUUACUUCCUUGGUGCUUUGACUCCUAUCUACACUGUCGAUCGUUAUGGUCGUCGUUUCCUCAUGUAUGCCGGUUUGAUCGGUCAGGCCGUCACCCUUAUCAUUGUUGGUGCUGCUCAGUACUGUGUCGAACGUGGUGACACCCGUGCUUCCCCCGCCGUCAUUGUCUUUGUCAUCUUGUACAAUGCCAUCUUUGGUGCUGCUUGGUUGGGUCUUGCAUGGCUCUAUCCCUCUGAAAUUUUCCCCACUGCCUUGCGUGCCAAGGGCAACAGUAUGAGUACUGGCGCAAAUUGGCUUGGUAACUUUGUUGUUGCUAUGAUUGCCCCUGUUCUUUUCGAAUAUGCAAAGUACUGGACUUUCUUGUUGUUUGGUAUCCUCAACGUCAUUUUCCUGAUCCCUAUCUACUUGUGGUACCCCGAGACCAACGGCAAGUCCUUGGAAGAAAUCGAGGUUCUAUUUGCCACCGAAGACUUCAAGGCCGAUGCUCGCUCCAUUGCUCCUUCGAUCGGUGCUUCUUCUCAGUAUGAUGAAAAGCGCGGUGAUGUCGAGCGUGGCUCCCGCGUCCCUAGCGUUGCUAGCCGCCCUGCAUCGCGCCGCAUUCCAAGCAAUGUCUCUGUUCCCCAGGACGGUGCCAAAGAGCAACCCGAUCCUAGCUCUGCCGCUGGUCAAGUCAAGCAAGACUAUGACGAGAAGGCCGAUGGUCCCAACUACAAGUAGAAAACAGUUAUAUAGUUCUAUCUCUAAUUUCUUCUCUCUCCACACACUGCCAUAAUCACUCUUGUUCAUUUCUCCUCUCCUCUGCAAUUACCCUUUCUCCCUUUUACGUUUAUCUCACUUAUAGUCUUUUUUUAUUGUUAAUCCGCUUAUAUCUUGGGGCUGUGCCCUUGUAAUUUUUUAUCAAAUACAAUAUUAU